UAUGAUAAAUCUAAUAAAUAUGUGGUAUCAUGGCACAUUUCGAAACGAGAUAUACAGUCCAACAAAAACGUCUUGGCGUGCCACUGGCCUUGACUGCAUAGGGCAGAGCAAGUUAAUGUAUAUUCGUUCGUGUUUUUAUUCAAUGUUAAGAAUGAAAUUCCAAAAGAAUUGCAACAGGAAUGAAUUCAAUCCAUUUGUGCGGGAAAAGUUAUAAAACAGGAUUAAAUAUUACUCUCCCCCGGCCAACAGUUGAAGAUAAAGUGGGAAUUUGCUCCAACUCUCCACCUUUCUUUCACUACUCACCACCAGCCUAGCAGCGGUAUUAUUUUUUUCUCUACGUUUUCAAAAUUUAUCUCCUUGAUUAAAUUGUUAUGGAAGGAGGAGAACGGUCAUGGUUGGACGACGAAGAUUUUCAAAUGUCUCAGCGGAAGAGACCACGCGUGGUUAAGAAAAAGGAGGAGCCAGUCGCCGGUCCUUCUACUGAAGACAAAAAAAAGCUGCAAAGAAGGGAAAGACCCCCCCUGCAACACCAACCCCUGCAAAACUGUUACCUGUGGAGAAAGUUAAGGAUCCUCUCGCUCCCCUUGGCCAACUUAAUCCAACCGGUACAAAGGAUAAAGGAAAGAGGAAGUCCGUCACCGCCGCAAGUACAGCUCGAGAUGAUGAGACUUUCCAACCAGUGCAGUGGUCAUUCGUUGUUGAACAGGAGGAAAUCGAGGUAGAUGAAGAAGUGAGACGACCCAGGGAUGGAAGGGAGAUUAUUAUUCGAGAGGGGGAUUUGGCUGAUGAGUUCCAGGUCAAGUAUGUGGGUAUAUCGGAUAUGAAACUUGGAAAAAUAAAUGAAGAUAAAGGAGUGGAUAACAUCAGAAGGACAAUUUUAGAGAUAGUGGGCAUCGACUCUACCUCCUCUUUUUCUGACCUCGAUGUAUUUGAGGACUCUCCCGAACCGGUUUUGACGCAAGAAGACAAGGGUUUGAAUGAUGAACAAAGGGAACUUCUUUUUAAGCAAAUUUUUGCAAAGGGUGGCCGUGUCCCCGUCAUUGAUCAGACAGGGUGGAGUCUAAUUAUUCAUAAGGCCCCCACCACCGGGCUAGUACAUCUUUGUUUAGAGAAACCUAAAACUCACAGUGGAGUAGCCAUUUAUACAGCUUGUAGGAUAUGUACCGAAAUGAAGUGCUACCAAUAUAGCAAUACUCUCUCAAGUGAUGUACUGCCGAAAUGCAUGCACCAUAAAGGUGAACUGUUGUACACCGUGGUGAAAUUGACCGACUAUAAUCGGAAUGACGUAUUGGUGCAAAUGAACAUGAAGAUGGCAUUGUCGGUUGGUUUGAAUGCAUCCGAACAGGAGAAGAAUGAUACGGCGGAAUUAAAUUUAAGUGAAAAAGUCAAUGGUUAUCCGUCCUGGAAAAAUUAUUGUUUAACGACAGGCCUUGUAAUCCGUCCUACUCCCAAACCCAUUUCACUCCACCACUUUGUCAAAGAGGAUGACGCUCUCAAGAAGCUCUCAUUAGAGUCUACAGUAGGGUUGUUCAUGAAACUUGCCCCAGGAACUCAACCAAUCAUCAAUCUGGAUGAACUAAUCCCCCUCUGCUACGGUUUUGAAAGUGAGAUCGAUGUGCGACUGAAGGAAUUGGGGAUGGUUCUCAAGAUUCGUCGCCACUUGACAAAGGAGGAGAGGGCAGAGGUCUGCUACCCCUUUAAUGGGGAGUAUUUACUCGGAACAGCAGCAGCAGUACAACAACAACCAGAGGAUGGGAAAGCUUUUUUGUAUGCCAUAAUGAGUCGCAAUAUGUGGUACUUUGGGUGGUCAGACACCCCAGACUUCAGGAACCGCUUAGACGGAAAACGGACCGAUGGUGCUAGCGAGUACGUGAAAAUCAACGAGAAGAGGGAGAAAGAUAGGGAUGAAGAGAUAGAGAGAUUGAGAAAGAAAGUCGAGAAAGAUAGAAAAUUAGGCAUAGUAACGGAAUGUAUAUAUCCACCCCGACUUAAGGCACCCACCACAACCUGCUACCUUCUUGCCAAGUGUGAUAAUGGUGAUAAGAACCGGAUUGAGGCGAAGAUGAUUAUUGCUGGCUAUGUUGCAUACUUGUUAGGAUUGCGUAAUAUAAUUCGUGAUAAAGAAUCUGAUGUAGGAAUAAGUGCGUGUCUGUUAGUCUUGUUGAUUCGAAUUCAUGGAAAGAGAUUUGUGAAUUUGUGAAGUUUUUUUGGGGAUUCGAACCAAUCUUGGGUAAAUUUGAAGGGAAUUAAGUUAUUUUUGUAUUUUUAUGAAUGUGAUAAUUGAAUAAAUUUAUACUUUAGUUA